CAUCUGCAUGCCAGUUACAACUCGGCGACCAAACAACGGGACGGGUGGCAACUUUAGUCACAACCUCUGAGACAUGACUCGUUUCACUUUCAGAAAUUGAGCCAUUCGGUUCAGCAACACUUUUAAAAAAAAGUCUAAAGGGGCCGCACGAUUAAAUUAUUUUAUCCCCAUAAAAGUUAGCCGGGCCCUAAACCUGAUGUUAGCCGGGAAGUCGAGCUUUUUAGCUUCAAAACACCACAGGGCAGUGUUCAUAGGAUGAAUGGGGCCCGACCUCUAACACUGUGUUCAGUUAUAAAACUUCCUUAAUUGACCGCAUUCCAAAUUUCUUUCCUUAUUUACACGCCACCACCGGAUGUUGAUAACGCUUCAUGAUGGCAGAAUUUAGCGUUUCCGGAUCAAAGUCGCGCUUAGGUGAUAAAAACCCGGGUCUGCUGCAGGGUCAGUUGAUCCGGGUGUGAAAGCAGAUUGUAGAAAAGAAAAUAGGAUGUAGUUUUCCAAUCCCUGAGCUUUGCUUUCAGCGCGGCCGUUAGUGAUGCUUUUAUUCUGAAAGUUUUUAGCGGACGCUAGCUUGAAAAUGGCGCGGCCUUGACGCUCCAUCUCAGGGAGGGGACGGCAGCCGGGGAGGAGGAGGACAGAGGAGCCGGGGAGGAGGCGGGAGGUGGAGGACUGCCGCUGCUUCUGCUUCUGCUUCUGCUGCUGGUGGAGCGACGAUCACUCAUUGUUACCAAGUGGAGGAGCGGCGGAGACCCCGUCGCUACACGUGAAUUCUCGGCACAACAUUAAGAUCACAGGCUGAACGUCAUCUCCAUUCGUGGCUGUCGUCCGUAUCCCUCCGAAGCAUCAUCGCUGUCCUCCGAGGCAGAGAGGAAGGAGUGUGAGCCAUCUUAAAGGACCACAGCGUCCCUCAGGUGAUGGAGGUCUGGUGACGCACUGCUGCUGCUGACUGGAAUCCCCACGGUGAUGGAUGCAUCCAGCUUCAACCAUGGAUUAUGCCGCCCAACCCAGACACUGUGAGCUCAGAGGAGGAAGAGACUACCAGACAGUCCUGGACGGCUCCUUAAGCCUCGUGAAUUCCCUUUCCUAUUGAACGAGCCAGAUGCAAACUGGGCUCAGUCCCUCGUCCUAACCAGACGUCCCCCCCUCAGGUCUUUCUUUCCUCCUGCUGUACGGAUCAGUCAUGGAUCUGCUGUGGGUGCUGUCGGUGUCCAUGUUGACGGUGUGCGUUGCCAUCCCCAUGGAUGCGGCGGCAGGUAGCCACAGUCUGUUCACCUGUGAGCCCAUCACCCUGCGCAUGUGCCAGGGGCUGCCCUACAACUCCACCUUCAUGCCCAACAUACUGAACCAUUACGACCAGCAGACUGCCGCCCUGGCUAUGGAGCCGUUCCAUCCCAUGGUGAACCUGCAGUGCUCCCCAGAGCUCAGGAUGUUCCUGUGUGCGCUCUACGCUCCGGUGUGUACCGAGUACGGCCGGAUGACUCUGCCCUGCCGCCGCCUCUGUCUGCAGGCCAAGAGUGACUGCUACAAACUGAUGGACAUGUUUGGUGUGAGCUGGCCUCAGGAGAUGGACUGCAACAGGUUCCCAGACUGUGACGAGUCCUACCCCCGUCCUGUAGACCUCCUGUCCAGCUCGGACACGACCGAAUCCCCCAUCUCCGUCCAGCGGGACUACGGCUUCUGGUGUCCCAGAGAACUCAAAAUCGACCCCGAGCUGGGCUACUCCUUCAUGGGGGUGCGUGACUGCUCUCCCCCCUGUCCCAACAUGUACUUCACACGGGAGGAGCUGAUGUUCGCCCGCUACUUCAUCGGGGUGGUGUCCAUCGUUUGUCUGUCCGCCACCCUCUUCACCUUCCUCACUUUCCUCAUCGACGUGUCGCGCUUCCGCUACCCAGAGCGUCCAAUCAUAUUCUAUGCCGUGUGCUACAUGAUGGUGUCCCUGGUGUUCUUCCUGGGGUUUCUGUUGGAGGACAAAGUGUCCUGUAACGCAGCGAGUCCUGGGAGGUUUAGGGCUUCCACGGUGACCCAGGGCUCCCAUAACAAGGCCUGCACCCUUCUCUUCAUGGUGUUGUAUUUCUUCACCAUGGCCGGGAGUGUCUGGUGGGUCAUUCUGACCAUCACCUGGUUCCUGGCUGCUGUUCCCAAGUGGGGCAGUGAGGCGAUAGAGAAGAAGGCCUUGCUCUUCCACGCAUGUGCCUGGGGCAUCCCCGGUGUCCUCACUGUCAGCCUGCUCGCCAUGAACAAGAUCGAGGGAGACAGCGUCAGCGGCGUCUGCUUUGUGGGCUUGUACAACCUGACGGCUCUGCGAUGGUUCCUGCUGGCCCCGCUGGGACUGGACGUAGUGGUCGGUGUGGCACUGCUGCUGGCAGGCAUAGCAGCACUGAACCGAGUCCGCAUGGAGAUCCCUCUGGAGAAGGAGAACCAGGAGAAGCUGGUGAAGUUCAUGAUUCGUAUCGCCGUGUUCUCGGUGCUCUACUUGGUCCCCCUGCUGUCCGUCCUGGGGUGCUACAUUUACGAGAACAACUACCGAGCCGUCUGGGAGACGACCUGGGUGCAGGAGAAGUGUCGAGACUACCACAUCCCCUGCCCCUACCAGGUGGAGCACACCAGUCGUCCGGACCUGGCCUUGUUCCUGAUCAAGUACCUGAUGAUGCUGAUCGUAGGAAUCCCCUCCGUGUUCUGGGUGGGCAGUAAGAAGACGUGUUUCGAGUGGGCGAGCUUCUUCCACGGCAAGAGACGCAAAGAAGCAUUAACCCCCUCUCCCACCGCCUGCUCCACACACUCCUCCAUCCUCUUCUACCACACCCACCUCCCCACCACCUUCCCCCUCUCCCUCCCCACCCUCCUGCGUCUCUCCCUGCCCUCUCUCCCUCCACUCCCCUCCUCCUCCUCCUCCUCCACCUCCUCCACCUCCACUCCCUCCCUGCCCUCCUCCUUCCCCUCCCACAGCGCCAUGGUCAACGAGAGCCGACAGGUCCUGCAGGAGCCCGACUUCGCCCAGCUGCUGCUCAGAGACCCCAACACGCCCAUCGUGAGGAAGUCUAGGGGCACGUCAACGCAGGGGACCUCCACCCACGCCUCAUCCACCCACCUGGCCAUGUUGGACGAACCUCCCAGCGCCAGCACCAGUCGGGCCGGCUCGGUGCGCAGCGCUCGCUCCAAGAUGAGCAGUUACCACGGCAGCCUGCACCGCUCCCGAGACGGCAGAUACACUGCCUCCAGUUUCCGGGCCGCAGACGACCGGCUGCCCUACGGAAGCCUGCCUCGCCUCAACGACCAAUCGCAGUCCAGGCACUGUAGCACCAACCGCCUGGACAGCCUGUCCCGUCACGGCUCCACCCAGCGACUGGAGAGCCAGUCGCGGCACAGCAGCGUCAGGGACCUCAGCAGCACCACCCAGGCCGUUUACUGUGCCCCCGGAAACGGGAUCCACAGGGUGCUGGAGGAGGACGGAGCUACAGCCUGAACAGCUGUACUCGUCAAUUCUGAAGAACUUGUGACAGGAUGAGUAGAAGUGACUUUUCUUUCUUUUCCUAGAAGGUUUAAGAAUGUGAGGAUUAGCGGCGACCCUGACAGAGCAGCAGCCACUGUGAAGUCCAACGCCGUCCUGAGCUGAGCCGCUCUGAGAAGUUAGAACAGAGCUCCGUCCAGCCAAACGCAGAGGACCGAGUGUGGACCGACGCCUUAACACGUCCUCUCAGCUUUACUCGACCAACUAGCUGAUCCCAAAAACUCAAGUUUACAAAAGUACGAUGGAUUUGGUCCUGAUGGCCCGUGUGGUAGCCGACACUGGAACACGAGGACGAGGCUUCAAUGUUGGACCUUCGUUACUGAGCCAGAACAAAAUGUGACCAACACUGACAGACUGACUGCACUGGAUUGUUUUCUACUUGUUUGUAUAAAAGACUGAACAGGAUGUGAGUGAUAGACGAUACAUUACGAGCCUUCUCUCUCUCUUUUUUUUUUAUCAGCUACAUUUCUGUAUCGUACCUCUUCAGCACCGAUGUAACGUAACCCGUCCAGACCUUCUAUUUAUAAAAGGCAAUUUUCUCACGCCAGAUUCCAAACUCCCCUUUGAGCUGAACACACACACUCGACCCCUGAAAAGCCUUGUCUCAUUUAAAACUGUUGUUUUUAUAUAUACAUAUAUAUUGAGGAACGUCACUGCCUCUGUAGCUUUGAGAAGAAGAUGUCUGGAUGUGAGGUUGGCCAGGAUGUAAAGGGCUGAAAUACAAGAACAAAAACAAAGCUGAAUCCAAACUCCUGCCUUACGACCGUGUGUUCAGACAGAACGCCAAGCAAAGAUCUCAGCUUACAGAAAUCAACUGAAGACACAUUUAUGAAUCUUCUUUGUAAAUAAAGAGCAGAACGUUGAAACACACUCCUACAGAUGUUCAAGGUGAAAACAACACAGGUGGAGCUUCUCUUUCUGUCUGAACACACCGCUACAGUUCCAAUAGACGGUAGUUCUCCUUUAGAGUCCGAGUAGUUUGUCCUGUUUGAAAAUGUGUCUUUACUCGUGUAGCUGCUGUCGAAUGUUACACCAACAUUUCCUCUAGUGGCGAAAAACUUGUGUAUAGAUGUAAAAAACCACUGAGCUUCUGUUGUUCAUUUGUAAUAAAGUUUGUUUUGUUUUUUUUAAAAAAAA